GAAACCUUAGACAUGAAGACCGUUGCCACGCAAUUUCAAGCAAGUGGCUGACGCAGGGGCGAAUAAUUCCACCUUAUCGGAUGGCAAGAUAAACGGAGAACGCGAUAAAGAUGUAUUCCGUUCUCGCCGACUCGCUCUCCACUCGGAGUCACCGCGGGAAAAACGUGAUGCUCGAGAUGGCGUUCUCGAGGAGCGCAGAGGCCUCCCGUUCCGCUUCGGUCUUCCAAUUCAUGCACACGGUAUCGGAGCCUGUGGUGAAGUCCUCGGAGAUGACGGGAUCGAUGGAGAUCCACGCCCUCGCCCUCGCGAGGCGAGUCUUCGCCCGGUACCGGGACCACCUCGACGCGGCGCAGCGGAUCGCGGAGGGAAUGAAGGAGGAGCACGGGGGCGCGUGGAACUGCAUCGUCGGGCCGGACGCGUACGCUUGCGGCGGGCGGCGAUUGGGUCGCUGCCUCAUCGUCUUCUAUUUGGGGGAGGUGGCGGUUACGCUUUUCAAGCACAGAUCUUGAGGUCUUCAUCUCGUGACAUCGGUGAAUCUUGGUGCCAGGUGGCACGUGACGUUGUUUCGAUCUCGACUCGGUGUCGAAUGGUUGUGUGGAUGUUGACGUAUACUUCCGCCUUAAACCGGCAUUCGAGGUGUACGACGGAUCACUGUUUCGCUUAGAAAUAAAUUUUCAACUAUUGAAGACAUCAGAAUUACUCCAUGUAAGAACUCGAAGAAACUCUUUGGGAAAUAUCUCAUUUCAAAAUCAUGACAUUUCUCCCCAUUCAAUAUGGCGCCCGGCUUUUUUUAUCCUGAGCUCAAAUUCAUCAAACGCUACAAGAAGAUGCUGAAACGGCAUUGACUUUCCUGUGGAUGCUCAUCUCAAGGAAUUCCAAUAAUUUUCGUCUCUGACCAUACAUUUUUCUUCACAUCACAGAAAACCCUAAUUGCAACUCUGAUAUUCUUUAUUUAAGUAACAAUCAAACCAAAUAGGAGACAGGAAAGUAACUAAAUUACACAGUGAUUUUCCAUACACCUUGUUGAUUCGGUGGUUCCACUAGCAGUACAAAUAUCUCGUGUGUCAUGUCUUGCUGUGAAAGAAUUGUCUCUGUGUUUAUCAGGGUUUGUUAAAGGGUACACGCGCGACCUCUCGAAACGCAUGUCUCUCAGUGUUCCUGGCUGUCUAUUGUCGAAUCAUCUCUUUUAAUUUUAUAUUUGACACAAUUUCUUAGUCCAACAUUGAUUCAAUGAUGGUUAGCAUUAAGCCG